UGAUAGUAUAGGGGCUGUGUUCUGUGUUUUCGACCAUUUCUUGAACAGAGAUUAUCUGUGUAUUUAUGUAUUUAUCGAAUUACUUAAAUUUUCAUCUGUCAGACAUUUUGGUUAUAUUUGGUCUGUUUACAGUCACUUCUGUUUGAUAUUAUCAUUGACAUGUGCUUAAUUAACACCAAACUGAACAGAAUGACAUGCUAUAAUUAGGAAAAUAGUUUCUUGUCCUAAUGUUUUGACAAGUUUCUUUCCUUUUCACAAGGACUCGCUCAAUAACUUGAAUGUAGACCAUUGGUCUGAAACCAAUUUGGACACGUACACUUCUUACAUUCCAUAUUAAGCCACCAAAUUCUAUGCUUCUCAACACUUUACAAACCAUCCUCCUUUUUCUCAAUGCUGCUUGAAACAGCUCAACUGUCUUCCCUUUCUUUGCUUGACACCAUUGCUUUUGUUCUGUAGCUUGUUAUUUGCUAUCCUUUGGCCGGAUACCAUCUUCUCCGGCCUCGACUAUCUUGCCUUUCGGCAAUGUCAACAACCCCCAACACAACCUACCAUUCUGAGACGCGGCAUGGUCACUCUGAUCCGUACAUCACUAUAGUCCUAGCUAUUACUCUUCUCAUCUUUUUUGUCCUCGGCUUCUUUUCUAUAUACUUCUGUAGAUGUUUCCUUCACCGUGUAGCACACUCUUGGCGUCUCCGGCAUAACCCUGCUGCCACUUCGGUUGGUCCAGCCAAUGCAGCCACUGGUAAAGGCCUUGAUCCCGCGAUAAUAAAGGCCUUUCCAUCUUUUAUGUAUUCUACUGUCAAGGAAUAUAGAAGAGAGAAAUAUGGGCUAGAAUGUGCUAUUUGUUUGUGUGAGUUUCAAGAUGAUGAUUUCCUUCGACUCCUGACGUCGUGUUGUCAUGUGUUUCACCAAGAUUGCAUUGAUCUUUGGUUGGAAUCUCACACAUCAUGUCCUGUUUGUCGGAGAACCCUUGAAGCACCAGCACCAGCCAUGUAUAAAGCGUCACCGGACGUUGUUUCUAUUCAAAUGAAUGAGGAUGCUUCAUCGGAACAUAGUGUUGUAAUCACAAUAGACGACGAUGAUCAUGAUCAUGAUCACGAUCACGAUCACGAUCACGAUCACGAUCACGAUCAUGAAGCUCAAGAAGAAGGCGAAAUCCAAAAUGAAAGCGCCAGGAGAAGUGUGGCUUUCGCUGAGCCUGUCGAGAAUCAGGAAACUGCCCCUAGCACCUCAGGGACAGCACAGAAUCAAGAAGUAGGACAUGACCAAGCCGGGGAGGAGAUCGAAGUAGAAAAAUUUAGUAGGUCUAAAACCACAGGACAUUCGAUAGUUAAGAAAAAAGAUACAGGGGACAAUAAGUUCACAUUGAUAUUACCUGAACAUGUAACAGCCAAACUAAUAAGAGGGCACAGUAUGACCAGAAGCGAAACCGCCUUCGGGGAGUUUAGAAGCAAGACAACCACAGGAAAAGGCGGCUUCGGUGAGGUGUCGGAGUUGUCUCGAUGGUCCGUAAGACGACAGUUCUCAGGAAGACAAUAAAGUAUUAGUAUGUUAGAUGUAGAAGUAGAUUUUAGUUGGUUCCAUAUCUUGUAGUUUAUUCUGUCAUUUUUUUCAUAGAAAUGUUUAGGAUGUGUAGAUGGUUUCAUAACCGUGAUCAAUUUUUCUCUU